UCCCAGUGGGAGAAAAAGAAAUAUUAGAAAGGAGCAAACGACGCUUGGAAAGAGCGAGAAAAGAACGAAAAGAUAGGGUGAGAAGGCCAGAUGAAAAGGAUAGAGUGGAGGGCGGAAGCGAAUCACAAACAUAAACACAGAAAACUACCAUGCCUCUCCAUAAGUCUUCAAGGGGGCGCUUGGACCCCACAAUGAUAUCCGCCCCACUUGGGGAUUUCCGCCACACCAUGCACAUUGGUCGGGGUGGCGAUGCCUUUGGAGAUACUUCCUUCCUGGCCACCCAAGGCAGCUCCUCAGCAGACUCUUCCAACUCAGCUCCAGGAUCUACAGAGCCAACCGACUCAGAGGCAUUUCUGAACCAUGACUCAUCCGAUGGUAAUUUUAACACCCCAGAUUCAUCUAAGUUGAAUGAGUUACAGCACUCAGAGUCUGUGUCCUCAUUUGAUCUGGACCUGGAUUUGGGGCCCUCCAUCUUAGGGGAUGUUCUGGGUGUGAUGGAUGGGUUGAGUUUGGACUCCAAUUGGACUACAGACAAGGAUGCAGAAGAAAAGGAGGUCUUCAGUCCCAGCCGUGGCACCCUGGAAAUGGAAAUGCCCGUAGAGGAUUCUACUGUGAGUUCAAAGAACGAGGUGAACGAGAAGAAAAGGAUGGAAGGUGCAAAUGGGGAAGAAAAUGGAGAGAGGGGUCUGGAUCAGUUGAGCGACGGUAAUGGAUGGAAGGCCAAAGGCCUCAAGCCCAAAGUGAGGUUCAGCGAGAAGAGAGAGGAGAUCGUUGACCAGUUGGUUAAAGGAGACAGCCAGGGGGUGGAGGGCGAGGAGACGGAGUGCCCCAGCCCCACAGAAGUGGAGCCUGAGAUAGCUGCCAUGGUGUCUGGAGAAGUAGAGCCGGCCAAUCACAGAGCUGAUUCCCCACCGAGUUCCACCUCGUCUCUCAGUUCCGAAUAUGAGGGAGUCGCUCCAUUGGACAGAAGGAGGGAAAGCGAGCAGCACUCAGAGACAGAUUCGGAAGAGGAAGGAGGGGUCGACGGACAGCGUGGCUACACAUUUGAGGAUGAGUUUGAUGAUGAAAUUGGACUGUAGGAGUGAAAAGUUAGCAUCUAAUCAGAGAGGAGAUAGAAGAGGGUCUCUGGUGGGUUGUCAAUCAUGUACAGUAAACUUGUCUGAUCAACACAUUGCAAGAAAGGGAGAUUUAACCAAAGCUUAGUUGAAAGUUCUCUGACAUCGCAGCAAUAACACUUAAGAAUCAUAGUCACACUAAGUUUACAAACCAGUCUCUCCAUAAACACAGACUGCAUCUAAACAAACCAGAUACAUUUUUAUGUUCAGGUCAUUCCAUUAGCUAAACAUUAGAUACAACAGCUGUUCUUAGUUCUCUUAUGAGGAGAUAUGAAUACAAAACUACCAGCUGUUUUUUUUUUUUGAAAAUUGUGAAACAGUACAAUUUCUCAGAGGGCAGUUUUUGGGCACUUUAGCUUCUUUCAGUGAACUGGAAGUUUCAUUAUCAAUGCUCAGUGGAAAAUGCACGUGUAACACAAUUAAAACCAUUCCAACCAAUAAAGAUACCUUAAUAGUAUUAUAGUCAUAGCAUUUAAACCAAAGGUUAGUCUUAAAUACUAAAGAACAGAAAACACAUAAUAAACAUGUAUAGUUUUAUAGUAUUCUAUAUUGGUGCCUUGAAAGCUGUUGUUUUUAGUUUGUGUACUCCCAUACUUUCUAUUUUUGUACUGAAAGUGGCCUUGGUAUAUUGUAUAAAGUGUGUGAUGUGACAGAGUCCACCAUUUAAAAGAUGGACGCGGAGGUUGAAACUUUCACAUAAUAGCAGGAAUUCUCUCUUGUGAAUGCUGGAAUGCUCUUGGGACAAACCUUUGGGGCACUAAGAUAAACCUGUGUACAUUCCUUGUGACUUACUUUGUCUUCUUCAAAACAUGACCUUCAUGGGUGAAAUAUGUUUUAAUUGUACUGAAAAGUUAUUUUUAGGUCAAACCUUGUUUAGAGAGCAGUACAUAUCAUUUUGGAAACUGAACGGUUUACACAAUUGAACACUCUGGUAUGUAUUGGCUCUGAAAGCGAUCAUUGUGUUCUAUCCUGAAUCAUCACUUUUAUGUGAAUGUAGUGUCAAGCUGUACAGAGGCUUUUGUAUGUCUGCAAACUCCCCCCAAAAUCUGUACAUGUUUAAAGAUUAGCCAUUUUUUAAGACUGUUUAGCCAGGGGUCAUAGUGUGAAGUCAGAUCAGGGCGUUGGUAACAAUGUUAAUAUAAAAUGUUAUUUAAUUUUUUUUCCAGAUCUGUUAUAUUGGCUAAAUGGUGAGGCUGUUUUCUCUAAAUCUGUAUCAAUGGCAAGUCUUGUUUUUGUCUAAAGCUAUAUUCUUGAUAACUUACCUAAACUUGUGAUCUAAGAUUCGCUGGUUACAUAAAUAAAUCUUUCUUGCUUCAUAGCCAUAA